GUAGCGCGACUAGCGUUCAUACUUUACGUUCUCUGGUUUAACUGGCUAGGCGUACACACCUAGCAAACUGAGGGAAUAUUGUCUGAAUUAUCGGCACGAAUUGUGUAUUUAAAACAAACUGGGUCACCGAAACUUUGGCCGUGCAAACGCAGUGGAAAAACCUGCUAACGGGAGUUAGCUAUAGGAUUAGCUCCGCGUCAACGUCAACAAUAACAUUAAGAGAGGGGGGUCAGGCACGUACAGGCUUCUGGCUAUUCCCAAGACGACUGUUGUACCAAGUUGUUAUUUAAGGCAGCAUUUAACUUUUUCUAGUGUAUUUUUAGUGUAUCUGAGUAGAAUGUAACCUGAUGUUUAUUAUUGCGACCGUCACCAGCUUCGCCAUCGCAGACUUUUAACCUAUUUCACGCGAGUUUUUGUUUACGUUAGCCACUCAAACUGCUUCAUUUGCUGUAGCGUUAGCUUGCAUGUUUUUUUUAACCACAUCACUUGAUGCGUUUUUGAUGUCACCCCCCACCUCCACCCAUAUUGUGUCUAUGAAUAUUCUGAUACACUCAACUCAUUAACUACCUGCCCACCACCAUCCAGUUAUUUCUCCUGAUCCACUCUUCGAGGAAAUCGUCAUGCACCAUUCAAGUCCAAAGAGUAGUGAGCUUGGGUUUUUGCCAGCUACGUAUUCCUUCUCGAGCCUCACUAGCCUUCCUGAAAUAGGGCUCGACUUUGGCCCUCCAAGUACCUCUGUUCACCUACAGAGAGAAAUACUCUUAAACACGAGCUGGGAAAGGCGAUGUCUGAGGAAGCACAGGAGGAGGGCUGAUGAUGAAGGAUGCAGUGCCAAAAGAAGGAAGCUAACAGUAGAGGCAGAAUCUUUACUUUCAGAGAACUCUAGCAGUGGUACUUGUCAUGAAUGGCCUCCAGCAAACAGCUGCCCUAUUCUGUCCACACAACAAGCUAACCCUGUACUGUCACAGCCCUGCCAAGGGCCUCAGAACCUGCCUCAGUCCAGCCCAAUCAUGCCCCGUCCACAGGCAGAGGGCUCCUGCAUGGAAAUAGAGGCAGCUCAGAGGAGACUUCAGGAGAUUGAGGAUAGAAUUACAUUGGAGGAUGAUGAUGAAGAUGCAGACCUAGAGUUGGAGCCAGCCCCAAGAAGGCCAGUACUGGUUAUGUCUGACAGUUUGCGGGAGGGUCUACAGCGUGGUAUCGGUGAUAUCCUCCCCCACACUGUGGCCCAAUCUGUGAGCCAUUCUUGCAUGGAGUUGGUGGUGUGGCGGCCACCGGAGGAGCCCCUCUCCCGCAGACUAAAGGACUCACUACAGAGGCAGCGUAAACAGCAGACAGCAUGUCGACAGCCCCCGACUCCCUGUCCUUCUCCCACCCCUCAGAGUCCACUCAGCCACACAAGCCAACAGGACACAUAUUCCCCUCUGUACAGCUUUCCUGAUUACCACAGCUCUGGUGAGGAGGAUAUGGAGCUGUAGGUUGUUGUUGCAUCUUUGAAAAGCUGCCUUGACAAAGCAGGAAAGACUGCAGAAUAUACAGUCAGUUGCAUUACACUGCACAGGACUUGGUCCCAUUUAUGUUGAUCAGCUUGGCAAGUUAUAUCAGCUGUAUGUAGACAUUUUGCUAUAUUGGCUGAUUUAUGCAACACAUCCUUUGCUACACCAUCAUAUAGUAAUUUUGGUCCACUGACUGAGCCUUGGCAGUGACAGCUCUAGGCUUUUAAUUAGAUUUUUUUCCCAUGAGCUCUCCAUCUCUUGACCAUUACUGGGGUUUCAAAAGUAUUUAAGUUUGCCUUCUAUAUAAACCAUUAACGUAACCAUUUUCAAAUGGCCUAGCCAAAGUUGUGUCCCUGCAGUAAAAAGAAAAAACGUACAGUAAAAUUUACAUGUUGUCAAAGUUUGGUCCACAUAGUGAACUCAUAAAUGCAAACACAAGCUUGUAUUUUUCAAAUUCAAAUUGCAGAACUGUAUUUUGAGAUUUUUUUUUUUAAUAUACUUGUUGGCAUAGUCACUAUACAUUUGAAAACCAUAAUUGUCAUGUUAAAGUUGAAUCAGUUCAUCUGGACACAAUGUUUAUUGAGAGAAAUAUUUCAACGCUCAGCUACAUGACCGCUUCAGUCUAUACUGACUGCAGGUAUCACCACCCUUAUAAACAAUACAGCUGCAUAAUGACCAAAACCAAUGACCAGUUUCAUAUGGAAAUAGGCAUGACCGUUAACUAGAGUUUCAAUGGCCAUGUGUACUAGUUACAAAGGAUUUGGGACUGACUGUAAUCACAGGUACAAGAUGUAAGAUGGUGACAGAUGUACUCUUGACCCCUGGUUCAGGGAUGGUCGUUUCCGCUUCACAUAUAUGGCCUUUUUGACUCCCUGUUCAAACUAGCGUUCCUCCCUAUCAAGAUGUGCACAUACUCAUCCUUGAAAGAGUGGCCACUGGCCUGUAGAUGGGUGUAGACUGUAGAGUCCUGGCCCGACACAUUAGCGCUUCUGUGUUGUGCCAUCGUCUUGGCCAGCAUCUGUUUAGUUUCCCCAAUGUACAAGUCAUAGCAAUCCUCUCGGCACUUAACAGUGUAUACUAUGUUGCUCUGUUUGUGCCAGAGGACCUGAUCCUCAGGGUGGACCAAGCAGGCCACUGGCCUGUAGAUGGGUUUAGAUUGCAUCUAAGUUGCUUUCAAACUCCAAAACACAUUGCGCCAGAAAUUGGUCCACCCCAAGUAUUGGGUCCCCCUCAACACAAACAGAGCAAUAUAGUGUAUGCUGUUAAGUGCCAGGGUGAUUGCCUUGUGUGUGUAUACAUACACACAGGGUGUUGUGAUGCGUCUAGUGCAGCAGUGUGUAGUUGGAGGGAAGGUGCAUGUGUUCUUCCAACCCGCUUGUGUCUUCCUGCCCUUAGCUUGCUGCCGCUGGCUAGCCUUUGUGGCGAAUAGGGAAGCAUCCUAGCGUGUAAGCCUUCCCUUGCCAGUACAUAGCCUCUCCUUCACCAAGACUCCUGCCAGGCCUCCCCGUGGCCACACAUGGUAACUGGGGUCUUGCGGCCCCAGGCUAACUUGGCAGGGGAUCGCGGAGCAGCAGUGGGCCCCAGAGAUAUGGUGUGCAGGCCCACCCUGGUGGACAUGCCCUGGCACCUAUCAACCACUGCCCCGCUGCCUUGUGGGUGAGUCUGGAAGACAUAAGGCUAAGGGAGCUUACCCCAACAGAAAAGCAAGCUGUGGCGGCACGCUUCGAGGCGGUUUCCGAAAAACUGGAUUUCCGGCAGCCCCCUGCAGUUGUGUGGAGGUGCCGGUCGUCUAGGGAUCCCCCUUGCCAUCGGAACCAUCUCCUCUACAAUCAAGUCAUGUGGAGUUGGGAGAAGCGCACCCCCCAUGCCACUUUAAAAACCAUCUCUGCGCAGGUAUCUUCUGCUAUCUGAUUUCUCAAAGGACCCACAAAUAGAAGAAGAUGGUCAUCAUCGGGCACGAUGGACAACCAGCAAGCAAGCAAGAUUGCCUUGACUUAUACAUUGGGGAAACUAAACAGACGCUGGCCAAGAGGAUGGCACAACAGAUGAACUGAUUCAGCGUUCUGUGAUUUUCCUACCUGGAUUAUCAAGCAUACAUAAAAACAUAUUUGUCAUGAUUUUCAAUCAGUACCCUAGCCAUGAGAUUGAUUGACGAUAUGAGAUAUGCUACCUACUGUGGUUCUGGUUUGUGUUGAAGGAAAUAUACUUUUUAAUGUUCACUCAGCCUUAUCACGCAAUCAGAGAUAUGCACCAUCUUAUGUUUUGCUUGUAUUUUCCUAUUUAUUUCAGCAGAAAGCCAAAAUGUUACACCCUGUUUCACAUAUUUGUUCCAAUGUCGCUUUGUAAUUAGCAACAUUUUUAUGUAGUUUCAAAAAUUGCUCGUCCAUAUAUCCAGUUAUAACUAACUAUCUUGAUGGCUACAGGUGUUACGACUUUAGAUUUUGUUUUGAAAUAAAAUCUUACGUAUGUGGCCAUGUUCACU